AUGAAGGCAGGAGAUGGAGAUAUGUUAGAGAAGGCAGAAGAUGAAGAUAUGUUAGAGAAGGCAGAGGAUGAAGAUAUGUUAGAGAAGGCAGAGGGUAAAGGUAUGUUAGAGAAGACAGAUGAUGAAGGUAUAUUAGAUAAGGCAGGAGAUGGAGAUGUGUUAGAGAAGGCAGGAGAUGGAGAUAUGUUAGAUAACGCAGGAGAUGGAGAUGUGUUAGAGAAAGCAGAGGAUGAAUAUAUGUUAGAGAAGGCAGAGGAUGAAGAUAUGUUAGAGAAGGCUGGUGAUGAAGAUAUGUUAGAUAAGGCAGGAGAUGGAGAUGUGUUAGAGAAGGCAGGAGAUGGAGAUGUGUUAGAGAAGGCAGAGGAUGAAGAUGUGUUAGAGAAGGCUGGUGAUGAAGAUAUGUUAGAGAAGGCGGAGGAUGAAUAUAUGUUAGAGAAGGAAGAGAAUGAAGAUCUGUUAGAAAAGGCAGAGGAUGAAGAUAUGUUAGAUGAAGAAAGAGGAUGA